UUUAAUAAUAGAAAAAAAUGUCGACUUCACCAACAUCACCAAAAUCACCAACAUCAAAUUCACAAGAACAGUCAACUUCAUUUGCGUCAACUUCUGUACAUGUGACGCCUCACAUAACACUUACAUUGCCGCGUAAAGGUCGAGCAAAACAAUUAUUGAAAGAUUUUUAUGGAUUGCCCGACGGAAAAAAAGCAGAUCCUCUAGACAUUGAUUUUUCUGCCUUUGAUGUAAAUAAAUAUGUUAAUAAUAUGCUCGCUGAGAAACAUCUUAGCGAAUUGAUGCAGAGAGAUAAUGAUUUAAGUACAGAGAUUCGGCAACUCGAUGGAGAUAUGAAAACUUUAGUUUAUGAAAAUUAUAGUAAAUUUAUAAGUGCUACUGAUACCAUAAGAAAGAUGAAAAGUAAUGUAGAAAAUAUGGAAUCAGAAAUGGAUCAGCUCUCUCAAAGUAUUAAUAAUAUAUCAAAUGUUACAUCUUCAGUAAAUUCUGCUUUAGGUCUAAAACGUGAUAAAAUUCUUCAAUUAACUGGAGUUCAUGAUUUACUAAAAAAGAUUCAAUUCAUAUUUGAAUUACCAACAAGAUUAAAAAAUUGUCUGGAUCAAAAAUCUUAUGCCCAAGCUGUUAGAUAUUAUGCAAAAACUUCAAAACUUUUGGAGCAUUAUAGAAGUUUAUCAGUUUUUAGUUCUAUUGAAAUAGAAUGUAAAGAAAUUAUGGAUAAAGUUACAAAGAGAAUUCGAGAGAAUAUGACAAAUAUGAAUGCAACUGGAUCAGAGAUAACGGAUUGUAUGGCAUUAUUAAUCAUUUUGAAAGAACCUCCACAGCAGCUUGCCAAAGAAUAUUUGGAACUUCAAAAAAAUUUUCUCACGAACUUAUUAAGAAAAACGAUGGAAGAGAUGUCAUCAUUAUCAUUGGAUUCAUCUCAAGAUAGUCAACCUAAAAAUGCCGAUUCAGAACUUAAAAAGGAACCAUCAUCACCAAUUUCUCCGAAAAAAAGAGCAAAAAGUAAAUUAACAUAUUUAAAUCAGAAAUUCUUGAAAGAAUUAAAUAAGUUUGUUGAAUCUUUUAAUGGGUUUUUCUUGAUGCCACCAAGAGAAAUUCGUGAAGCUAAAUCUCCAGGAAAAUCUCCUGGAAAAUCUCCUAGAAGUGCUGGUAAUGAUAUUUUGAGAAUUGUUUCCGCAAAUAUGGAUGGUGAUGAUAGGGAUAUUGCACGUCAAGAUUUCUUAAAUUUUACUGACGACAUGGCAAAGGAAUAUUUUAUUAUUGUGGAUAGUUUAUUGGAGUUUCCUGAACAAAUUACAAAUCUCAAUCCAUCAACACAUUUACAAUUAUUGAACGAUCUUUAUUAUGCUACUUUAUCUUGCAAUAGUCUUUGUACAAUUGCAAGAUUUGAAGAUCGUGUAAAUGAAGUAAUUACUGCUUGGGAAAUUAAAUUGGCUAAAAGUUUAUUUGGAACUGCUGAAAAGAAAUUGAUGGAAAAAUUUACCAAGUAUGCUGAAAAUGAACUUAAAAAGGAAUCAUCGACAUCAUCAAAUUCUCAAGUUCAUGAAUUACAAUCUUAUAUAUUAGAGAUGGAAGCCACAUUUUCUGAUUAUUUGACAGGGGAUUGCUUUAGAUUGUUAGAGGAAUGUAUAAAAACUGAAACUCCAAUGAUACAAAAGAAAGGUGGAGUUGAUCGCCUUUUGAAAGAAUUUCAAACACAAUUUAAAGAAUUUUGGCGUUCAAUAGUACAAUCAUCAAAUAAAUAUAUAGCACCAGUUCAUCCAACUCCUAUAACACAAAAUCCUAUACAAUCACCACCAUCGAUCAUUGCAUUGAUGAUGUCCCGUGUUUUAUUGGAUUUCGGAGAGAUUAUCGCAAUACAGGUUUAUAUGACAUUUUCUAAUAUACUGUAUAAUCAACAUAAUGAUUAUAGAAAUAGAAUUGGAGCUGAAAUUUAUAAUGGACUUGGUGAAAGAUUUACUAUUGCAAAGGAAUUGGCUCAUGAUGUCAGAGAGGUUGUUGGAAUUUGUAAAGAUGUUGCCCAGAGAAUAUUGGAAAGAUAUGUUGAAAUUAAAGGAAAUCAAGUUUCAUCAAAAAUAAGAAACAUUUAUAUUCCGAAUUAUAUACAAAAUUUGGACGAAAAUUUAGGAAAGUCGCCACUCCCUGAGAAGGUCACACCAAUUUGGAGCGAGAUUAUAACCGAUUUGGUAUAUAUUGAAAGAGAGGUUGUAAUGUUAUAUGGCGGCCCAGUAGACGAAGAAAAAAGUAAAGAGGUUGAAAAUAUUGUUGAAAAAAGGUUAAAUCCAAUUUUAAAGCCUGAUACAAGUUCUAAUGUUAGUGGCGGGGAUAAAUCUCUUUUGUCACCAGGAACAGCAUUAAUUAAAUCACCAUAUGCACAUUCAAAUUCAUCAUAUUCUUCAAUAAGUUCUACUAGGUCUAGAACUUCUCCAAAUCCUUUUACUAGUUCAGUACAAUUAACUUCACAUAUUGAUAAAUUAUUUAGCGAUAGAGUAGAAAUAUAUGGUAUUGUUGAAAUGAGUAUUGUUGGUAUUAUGAUGGGAAUUAUAAAAAUUUUGUUGAAGACAUGGAUUGAAAUGAUUAGGUUAAAUACAUUGACAAAUAAAUCAUUUCAACAACUUCAAGUUGAUUCAGAAUAUAUGAGAGUUAAAUUAUGGAGAUUUAUUGAAGAUGAAGGAAUAAUGAAUACAAUGUUACAAGAACUAGCGUCAAGCGCAUUUAAAAGAUGUAUUGAAGAUCCUUUACCAUUAGUUUAUGCUGAUAUUGAAAUGAUUGUUAGUGGAAAAGUUUCAUUUUAAAAUAUAUAGUAGUAAUGAAAAUUAUAUAAAUUGAAAGAAUGACUUUAUUUUUUUUUUUUUU